AUGUGCUACUCCAAAACUGCACUGAAUAGCCAAUUCUUUUGUGGAAUUUGUACGAUGUCGUCUGCUUCAAAUAGCGGUAUUUUGACGAUGGCCAACACUUACCCAUUCCCACGUGCUUUUCAUGAUUUCACCAUUUGCGAUAUUGAAGAAGAAAAUUUCAACAAUAUUACUUGCCAAUCAAAUGAUAAUGUCAGUCAUAUUCCUGUAAUGGCCGAGGAAGUGCUGUCUGUUUUAAACCCUAAAGAAAACCAGAUAAUAGUUGACAUGACAUUUGGAUCUGGUGGUCAUACGAAAGAAAUCCUAAGAAGAUGUCCUUUGCUCAAACAACUAAUUGCCUUAGAUCGUGAUCCAGUUGCCUAUCAACUGUCAGUUGAUCUAUCCAAGCAAUUCAGACCAGGUCAGAUACUUCCUUUCCUUGGAACUUUCGAAGAUUUGCCUUCCCUUUUAUCAAAAGAAAAAAUUCCUGCAAAUAGCAUUGAUGGCAUCCUUAUCGAUGCUGGCGUCUCAUCAAUGCAACUGGAUACGGCUGAAAGAGGAUUUUCCCUCAGUAAAGAUGGAUUACUUGACAUGAGGAUGGAUGGACUUAGAAAUAAGGAUCAGCCAUCAGCUGCAAUGGUGAUUAACACUUUGGAUGAAAAAAACUUGUGUGCAGUAAUCAAAAAAUAUGGAGAAGAUAAAAAUGCUCAUAAAAUUGCCAGAGCUAUUAUUGAAGCUCGAGCUGCAUUUGGGAAGAUUGAAAGCACCAAACAUUUGGCAACUAUUGUGGCAAGUGUAUUUGACAGCCCCUUCAAUAAGGACAUGUUAGGUCGUCCAGCACAUGUUGCCACAAAGACAUUUCAAGCAUUACGAAUAUUUGUGAAUAAUGAACUCAAUCAGCUAUCAAAUGGACUACAUGUAGCCCAUCACUACCUUCGACCAGGAGGCAGAUGUGUUGUUCUCACUUUCCAUUCUCUGGAAGACCGAAUAGUAAAGAGACAUUUUCAUAGUAUUGAUCUCAAGGCUCCCAAGAAUAUGUCUUUGAGUUACCAACAACUUCAGAGCACAGUCAAAACAUUGGAUAAUGAAUUACUUCAGAGCAUUGUUAAUAAAAAAUGGACUCCCUUACAGAAAAAAGUGAUAACAGCAACCCAUGAAGAGAUCCUCAAAAAUCCACGAUCAAGAUCAGCAAAGUUGCGUGUAGCAACUAAGGAACGUGGUUCUGGAGAAAAAGAAUAA